AGAAGAAGAAGAAGAACCCGGAAGUGACGUCAGCCUACCCGGCUGUCUGUGAGGUGUUGUCGGUGAGACGGCGUAAAAUCAUCGGGUUUUAAUAUUUAAUCCUUUAACUUGCUGAUCCGGAUCGCUUCAGCCCGCUGACGUCACAGGGUCGCUUUUCAGCAACAGCUAGCUCAGCAGCUAGAUGUUAGCGUGUAGCUGAUCUCAGAUCUCCGACCUGCAGUACCACGUGAUCACGCUCAGGAUGAAGAUGAUGAUGAAGAUGGAGGUUUAAACUGGUUCUGGUGUCUAUCUGAGGUCCAGCUGGAGGGUCAGAAGGUCAGUGAACGUCUCAUUUCAGCUUCAGGAUGAGCAGCCGAGGAGCUCAUAGGGAGGAAGAGGAGGAAGACUUCUACGACUGUCAGGACAGCAUGGAGACGAAGGAGGAAGAGGAGAAAGAGGAGAAGGAGGAAGAGGAGGAGGAAGAGCUUCCGAAAACAGACAGAAUAAUUGGGAGAGGAGCCAAAGAGAGGAAGCGAUGGACAGAGGGAGAAGGGGACGAACGGGAGCUUCAGCAGGAAGAGGAGCUUCAGGAGGAAGAGGAGCUUCAGGAGGAAGAGGAGCUUCAGGAGGAAGAGGAGCUUCAGGAGGAAGAGGAGCGUCAGGAGGAAGAGGAGCUUCAGGAGGAAGAGGAGAGUCAGGUCUUUCAGGAUUCAGAUGAAGAAACGUCCAGAGUGGAGUUUGACGAUGUCUACCUGAGGGAGGUGGAGAAGGAGCUGACGGAGGAGGAGAAGGAGAGUCGUCGGCAGCAGAGCGUCGCUCUGAAGGAAACGGGAAACGGCCUAUUCAAAGCCGGAGACUGGAAAGAGGCGGCGCUAAGCUACACCCAGGCCUUGGCUCUAUGUCCAGUUAGCUGCAGCAGAGAAAGAGCAGUGAUGUUCUCCAACAGAGCGGCUGCAAGGAUGCACCUGGACCUGAAGGAUGAGGCCAUCUCAGACUGCAGCAGAGCAAUAGAUCUGGAUCCAGAGUACCUGCGGGCGUUGCUGAGGAGGGCGGAGCUUUAUGAGAAGUCGGAGAAGCUUGAUGAAGCUCUGGAGGACUACAAAAAGGUUCUGGAGCGAGAUCCGAGCCACAGUGGAGCACAGCAGGCCUGCAUGAGGCUGCCUCAGCAGAUUGAGGAGCGAAACGAGAAGCUAAAGGAGGAGAUGAUGGGUAAGCUGAAGGACCUGGGCAACCUGAUCCUGCGGCCGUUCGGACUCUCCACUAACAACUUCCAGAUCGAGCAGGACUCGUCCAGCGGUACCUUCUCCAUCAACUUUGUCCAGAACCCCAAUAACAACCACACCGGAUGAUGUAAUCGUGACAUCACAGAAACAGAUUAUCAAAUUAUGGUUGAGGUUCCUGAUUGGUUAAAGCUACAGGAUACCGCAGGACAUUGCAACGCCAGACUUCAGACUCAACCAAUCAGGAGCUUGCUUUCUGAUGACAUAAUCUGCUGUAUCAGCUGUUAAUAAAGCAAACAAGAAGUGA